AUGGCCGGGAGUGUGAGUGCGGAGUCUGGAGUUGGAAAAUCUGUGGAGGGGAUUUCAAGUGGGCAGCUGCAUUGCCAAUCUGGGGAUGCAUUGGUGGAAUGGCGGUAUUCUGAGCAGGUGGAACAUGGAACCCCAUCAACUUCGCCGCCUUACUGGGACACCGACGACGACGAUGAUGAUUGUGGACCAAAGCCUUCUGAGUUAUAUGGAAAGUACACAUGGAAGAUUGAUAAAUUUUCGCAGAUCAACAAGAGAGAACUUCGCAGUAAUCCAUUUGAGGUUGGAGGCUACAAAUGGUACAUUUUGAUUUACCCACAAGGCUGUGAUGUCUGCAAUCAUCUCUCUUUGUUUCUCUGUGUUGCUAACCAUGACAAGCUUCUGCCAGGGUGGAGUCAUUUUGCGCAGUUUACAAUAGCUGUGGUGAAUAAAGAUCCAAAGAAAUCUAAGUAUUCUGAUACAUUACAUCGGUUCUGGAAGAAAGAACAUGAUUGGGGGUGGAAAAAAUUUAUGGAGCUACCGAAAGUGUACGACGGGUUUAUUGAUGCUGACACUGACACUCUUGUAAUUAAAGCUCAAGUCCAAGUUAUUAGGUACUUUGCAAGUCAUUUUUCAACAGAGCUUGUCGGUCUUUGUUUUCUGUCUUGAUUUCGCUGUUGAUAUCAAAUGCUAUCUGAUAUAACAUGUUGAGUGGAUGAAAUUUUGAUCAGGCUUCCGUGAAAAAAAGUUUCAUCCUUUAACUUUUUUGCGGUAUGCUGCCUUACCCUGGUUGGUUUUUUCUCUCUUGUAGAAGGGUUAUGUGAUUAUUUAGAGUCCCCUUUUUAUCCCGUU